GCCGGCGUGAGCGUCUCUAAGAAGACGAAGAGGGCUCCUUCCCCUUCUCCGGCUAGUGAGGCCGGUACUCUUACUGUCCCCAGCGUGGGCGAUGGUGGUCCCGUCGUGGACCUUACUGUUGCUGACGAUGCUGCCCCAGCGCUUCCUCUCGUCCAGGAACCACGGACGCAGAGGGCCGGCAAGGAGGUUGCCGGUGCCACCUAUCAGAAGGUGAUAGAGUACCCCGUCGGCGGGGGCGUGUUUAAUGAUCUCGUCCCCGGCCACGUCGUCCUGGCCAAGGCCAUGCCGGCCAAAGAUCGGGCUCACUUGAAGAAGCUCGAGGACCCGAAGAUUUAUGAGGGCGGUAUGGACCUCCUCGUCCAAAGUGCCUUCAUGCUUAUGGAAAGCCAUAAGAGGCAGUACUGGGAGAUAGCUCGCCUGCAAGCACUGGAGCAGAAGGCUGCCUCGGCCGACGAGGCGGUAGCUUGCCUUGACCGGCUCCGGGAGGAUGCCAAGGCGCUGCAGGCCAAAGCUGAUGAAGCCGCCGCAGCCAGGGACGAUGCCCUGGCCAAGCUCGAGGAGAGCAAAAGGGAGCUCGAGGAGUCCCACAGGGCACUUGAGGCCGAGAGGCGCAGGAGCGAGGAGGCCGCCAAGGCGAAGGCUGAGGCCGAGGCCGCCGUCGUGAAGGCUGCCGAUGAGGCCGUCGAGAAGUUCCUGGCCGAGGGGUGGAAGGCCGAUGAGAGGCUCCCCUGGUGCUACGAAGUGGUGGCCGCCAGGCUUGAGAAUUGGGGGAUGAACUCCCCUGUCGGCCGGGAGUAUUUCAGCCGGGAGAUGUCCG